AGGUGGGCCUUGCACUGCAGCGAGUGGUGCCUACCGUGUGCGACGACAACUCGGUGCAGAUGCGAUGUGGCAUCCACAGCGGCAACGUCAUCGCCGGGGUGGUGGGUAAGAAAGGACCUCGGUACCACCUCUUCGGGCCGAGCGUGGAGUUUGCCAACUUGAUGGAGAGUACUGGGAUCCCCACAAGGGUGCAGAUUAGCAGCGCCACAAAGGCGUGGCUGGACUGUGGAGGACACGACUACGACUUCGAGGAACGGCUCGUUGAGAUCAGUGGCGAAGAGCACAAGACUUUCCUGGUGAACAGGAGCAAGUCGCGGGCAGCUCGGCAGAUUCGCACCGCCCUGGCGAUGCACCGCCAUGAUCAGGCGACGGUGACUGGGGACAAGCACCCCAGACCGGCGAAGUCGGGGUCCAUGCUUUGAGCUUCCGACGGACAGUCCACAGGUUAUUUGGCGCACGGCUUCUCAUGCAGAGUUCAAAAGCCGAGGAUGUGCCCGUACGCCCCAUUUUGCAAUAUCCGGCUCGCAUCUGGCCUGUCAGGCUAAGCCUGUGAGGUCUUGCUACGCGCAGGGCUGCGGCUGGCCGAGUGCAACAACAGCUAGCGUGAC